AUGGACGAAGAUGGGACGACGGGCAACUCGCCCGCCGCCGAGACAUUCGAUCCUGACCUGAUUCACGCCAUCUUCAAGCUGGUGUGGCGGCGGCGGGUGGGGAAGGGUGGCGGCGGCAAUGAGGACAUCGACGUCGAGAGACCUCGAGGAGAAAUCGGAAUACAACUGCCAAUGCAAAUGCUCUCAAAGUCAGCUGCGAACUUCUGCGAAUAUUUGUUACAGAGGCUAUUCAACGCUCUGCUUUUAUCGCUGAAGCGGAGGAUGGUAGUGUCAUCGAACCCACCCACCUGGAGCUUUCUACAUCGCUUAAAGAAAUUGUUACAAAUGCAUUUCUUGGAAUAUUUUCGUGAUGUUAUGGUAUUUGACAUAACAAAACACAGCCCAGUCGUCAUCACCGCGCCUGGAGCUCAGAAUCCAGCUGAAGAUAGCCAGCUUGUGUCAAGUGUAGCAGAGAUGAUGUAUCUGAAGCUCACCUCUUGCCGCAACUUUCUGAUACAUAAGUAUCCACAAAUAAUUUCUUUGGGUAAUCCACAAAGAAUUUUGGACGGGCCAUUUGCUGCUUGCAAAUAUCUAGCUGCUCCAUGGGUACCCCUUACGUCGACAGUCCUAUGCCUAUUGGUUUCAAUGCAACAAAUAUCUGCUCCUCACAUGCAUGCAACCUGCUUAGAGCUAUUGAAGGAUCAUUUGCAACCAGGAAUGCAUGCUCUGGAUGUUGGAUCAGGUAGCGGCUACCUGACAGCUUGUUUUGCCAUGAUGGUUGGACCAGAAGGUCGUGCAGUGGGAAUUGAACACAUUCCUGAGAUUGUUGCUUCUUCUAUUGAAAAUGUGCAAAGAAGCGCUGCAGCUCCACUACUGAGGGAUGGAUCGCUCUCUUUUCAUGUUACAGAUGGCAGGCUUGGUUUUCCAGACGUGGCACCCUAUGAUGCUAUCCACGUUGCUGCAGCGGCACCCAAGAUCCCUCAGCCUCUGCUUGAUCAGCUAAAGCCUGGCGGCCGGAUGGUCAUACCGGUUGGCACCUAUUUGCAGGACCUGCAGGUGGUCGACAAGAACACGGAUGGAUCAAUCAGCAUCCAGAAGGAUGCGUCCGUGCGCUACGUCCCACUGACCAGCCGCUCCGCGCAGUUGCAGGACCCCUAA